UUUCCGUCCAUACUACUGUAAGUGUGACACCGACCUUAUUGUUUUGCUCAUUCUACUCGUGCCGACCGGCUCCACUGCUGAUGACAAAAUAACAUGAAUCUUAUGAUCGAUAAUUACCCCAACUCGAUGUUUCCCCUGCUGAUUAUUAUUGACGAUAAACCGUUUUUCAUUGAUGAGCGGCAGUGAGGCAGAGGCUAAUGGGGACAGAACGUCACUGUUCAAAUCUACCGGGAGGAAACGUGAGUUGCUUUGCCAAUGUUAGCAACAUUAUUAUAUUACAUACAUUGGCAAGCUAGAUCAAUGCGAGUAGACAGACAAAUGGCUAAGUUAGCAACUCUUCUUUCUGAAAGCCUCGUCUCGUGCAUUGAGCUAUGGAAUAACUAGUGGGGGGCGUCCCUAUAGUCUGAAGAGGCUUCCUCACAUUGGGAGCAUCUCAAUUGUAUUUCCUUGAUACCCCGAGUGUCCCUCUUCUUCUCUUCUCAAAGCACAUUGGAGCAGAAGAUCUGAGGAUCCUGACUACUUCAUUCCAGUGUUCUGUCAAAACGGCCUCUGAGGAAAUGCUUUUGAGAGGGUUUGAGAACAAUGGCUGUCUUCUGCGCUGACCUGACAAACAUCAGGACGGACACCAAAAUAUAGCUUUGGUGCAAUUUUCAGAGCAACACAACAACAACAGCCACCAUCGAAGCAGCGUUACCCAUGCAGAGCAAGGGGAACAACUAUUAGAAGGCUCAGAAGUGAUGACGUCAUCAGAAGGUAGGGAGGCGGUGCUUCUGGUUGGAGAGGGGAACUUCUCGUUCUCUGCCGCUCUGAGCCGGAUCGUCGCCACGGAGACAAAUGACAUCACCUCAGGGACCGAUGACAUCACAAGGGAGACCGAUAACAUCACCACGGGGACCGAUGACAUAGCCGGUGGGAGGGGUUUGAGGAUCACAGCCACCUGUCUCCAGACCAAAGAGGAGGCGCUACGACACCACGGCUCCGCCCACAACAUACACACAAUCACACACUCAGGUGGGGAGGUGCUGUUUGAGGUGGAUUGUACGCGUCUGUCAGAGUGUGUGUGUCUGCGUGGUCGACAGUUUGACCGCGUCAUCUUUAACUUCCCUCACUGCGGUCGGAAGAGUGGCGUGAAGAAGAACAGGCUGCUGCUCAAACACUUUUUCCUCAGCUGUGUGGGGGUGCUGAAGGAGGAAGGGGAGGUGCUUGUGUCUCUGUGCAACGGGCAGGGCGGGACUCCAGCCGACCGGCCAAUGAGAGAGUGGCACAACAGCUGGCAGGUGGUCGCCAUGGCAGCAGAGGCAGGGCUUAUCCUGAACGAGGUCCGCCCCUUCGAUGGCGAGAAACCUGACAGUUACCAAUCCACCGGGUACAGGAGCCAGGAUAAGUGUUUCCAUGCAGAGCAGGGCGUGACUCAUGUGUUCAGUCGUAGUGUGGCCUGCAGCGCCCCCCAGAGGAAGGACAUGAAGCAGCACAUUCUGGGAGGACGACCAUUGACCUACCACAUACCUGCUGAACUUUCACAUUACAUACACAGGGGUUUUCUCUCGAAUUCUAAUCAUCCCGUCAGGCUGGUUCAGGACUUUCUGGUUCAGGCCCUGGAGAGGGAAUGGCCUGUCUCCAUGGUUACAGAGCCCCUCCCCCUGCUCAUACACUCCUCCCCCCAGAGACUAAAUGCAUGUUGCCCUGAGAUACAAGACACACACACACAUUGCUACUGGCUACACCCCUCCCACACACACACCACUUCACACACACCCUCAGAUGAUCACAAAUACAUAGACACUCUACUGGCAGACACACACAUAACCUACGACUCAGAGGAUGAGGGAAGGGAGAGAGAGUGUAGCAGCCGUUUUAAGGAGUGUGUAGGUGAGGGAGAGGAGUGUGUAGGUGAGGGAGAGGAGUGUGUAGGUGAGGGAGAGGAGUGUGUAGGUGAGGGAGAGGAGUGUGUAGGUGAGGGAGAGGAGUGUGUAGGUGUUGGGGGAUACGUGCUGCGUCCUUCUCUACUGCCUCAGAUGGAGAUACUGAGAGAGGAGAGAGAACACAGAGAGAGAGAGGAGGUUCUGCAUGGUGUGAGCGGCCUAGUCUUUCAGAGAGUUCACAUCAGUCCCUGGUCCCCCCCUGCCUUCCACCAGCUCCUCCUCUGGGGAGCAUGGCCCAAAGCCUCUCAGUCAAUCCCUGACCUGGGGCGGAGUUUGGAGCGUCUGCUGACCCCCUAUGGGCUUUCCCUGGCUGAGGAGCAGGGGUCUCUGUGGCUGGCAGCCGAGCCGAUGGGACGGCUAGGCCGGCUGUGGGCUGAUGACCUCACUGAUGGCGUCAGUGUGUGUCUGAACCUUGACCUCCUGGCGUCACUGGUCUACUCCCUACCUGACUGGCGCCUGCUCUGGUCACCUGACCCCCGCUUCCUCAACCACUUCCUGCUCCGCCCAUUGCCAGAGCAACCGUUCCAUCCCUUCUCCCUGUUUCCACAGAGCUUUGUUUAUGACAUCAGCUUCUGGGCGGGGCCAGACUGGCAGGAGGCAGCGUUUCAUGCUCUAGUCAGGGAGGCCAGUAGAGAGAUGGUAGAGAACGUUACGCUCAUCGACACCUACACACCCAACACACAGACCGACACACACCCUGACAUAACACACACCUACACACCCAACACACAGACCGACACACACCCUGACAUAACACACACCUACACACCCAACACACAGACCGACACACACCCUGACGUACCACACACCUACACACCCAACACACAGAACGACACACACCCUGACGUACCACACACCAGCUACUGUUACAGACUCACCUAUCGCUCACACACACAUGCCCUCUCACACACGUGCGCGCUCAAACUCCACACACACCUGCAAAGCCUGCUAUCCACACGCAUGCAUCUCACCGUCAGGUAGUGUAUGUCUGUCUGGGAGAGAUGAGUGCAGUGUUGUAAUAUGCUGUUGGUGUCAGGAUGGUGUUGAUGUCAGGAUGGUGUUGGUGUCAGUACGGUGUUGGUGUCAGGAUGGUGUUGAUGUCAGCAUGGUGUUGGUGUCAGUACGGUGUUGGUGUCAGGAUGGUGUUGAUGUCAGGAUGGUGUUGGUGUCAGUACGGUGUUGGUGUUGUGUUGAUGUCAGGAUGGUGUUGAUGUCAGGAUGGUGUUGAUGUCAGGAUGGUGUUGAUGUCAGGAUGGUGUUGGUGUCGGGAUGGUGUUGGUGUCAGUACGGUGUUGGUGUUAGGAUGGUGUUGAUGUCAGGAUGGUGUUGGUGUCAGUACGGUGUUGGUGUUGUGUUGAUGUCAGGAUGGUGUUGAUGUCAGGAUGGUGUUGAUGUUGUGUUGGUGUCAGGAUGGUGUUGGUGUUGUGUUGUGGAAUUAUGUUUGUGUCAUUGGACUCCACACUUACCCUGUAAGGUCAAAGUGGAAUGAUGUUUUUCAAAAUUUUGACAAAUUAAUAAAAAAUGAAAAGCUGAAA